AUGAAAUUAACACGAGUUGCCCCGAUCGAGGAGAGGAAGCAGCACAAAAAGCUCCUAAAGCCUCUGCUUGAGAAACGGAGGCGGGAGAGAAUGAACCACGGUCUGGAGUCUUUGAGACUACUGCUGCUGGAGAUCGCGCAGAUGAAGAAAUUAAGGAACCCCAAAGUGGAGAAAGCGGAGAUUCUGGAAAGCGCGGUGGAGUUUCUGCGGAGAGAACGGGACUGCGACUGCGCGCUAGGUCUGGUUGCUAAGGACGCUUCCGAAUCCCAACGCGGUUACCAGGACGGCUUCCAAGAGUGCCUCGCUCGGGCUGCCAGUUUCCUGCGGCAAUCGUGCAACAAAACAUCAGAAACGCGCACCGAGACCCAGCGCUGCACGACACCGACACUGGCAGCCAAUUUCUCCCAGUAUAUGAUGCACCACACCCCGAUGGAGACCUCGGAGGCUGCUGAGCCGUCCGGACGCCGUCUGCAGCGUUUGGUGACUGGCUGGGGCACUACCGGCGUCUCGCUGACCCCUGCCGCUUCCUCCCCCCCACAAAAACAGCGCAGAAACGGAGCCGCACGCCCACGCAUUGGAGACAAAGCAGCGUUGGCCUUCAGACACCCAAACGCGGGCUCCUGUCCGCCUAUAACUUCCAAAAUCGCCCACAGCCACUGCAAUGCACCGUGGAGACCCUGGCCAUAGAACUGAUGCCUAU